GCCCGCCCCCGGCCCCGCCGAGCGCUCCCUCCCGCACAGCACACACGGCCCGGAGGAGAUGGAUUGGAGCACGCUGCAGACCAUUCUGGGGGGCGUCAACAAACACUCCACCAGCAUCGGGAAAAUCUGGCUCACCGUCCUCUUCAUUUUCCGCAUUAUGAUCCUUGUCGUAGCCGCGAAGGAAGUGUGGGGAGAUGAGCAAGCCGAUUUCGUCUGCAACACUCUACAGCCUGGCUGCAAAAAUGUGUGCUACGAUCACUAUUUCCCUAUCUCUCACAUCCGACUCUGGGCUCUCCAGCUGAUCUUCGUGUCCACGCCGGCUCUCCUGGUGGCCAUGCAUGUUGCAUACCGGAGACACGAGAAGAAAAGGAAGUUCAUUAAGGGGGAGAUAAAGAAUGAAUUUAAGGACAUUGAAGAGAUCAAAAGCCAGAAGGUCCGUAUCGAAGGGUCACUGUGGUGGACCUACACCAGCAGCAUCUUCUUCCGCGUCAUCUUUGAAGCAGUCUUCAUGUACGUCUUCUACAUCAUGUACGACGGGUUCUCCAUGCAGCGCUUGGUGAAGUGCAACGCGUGGCCUUGUCCCAAUACAGUGGACUGCUUUGUUUCCAGGCCCACGGAGAAGACCGUCUUUACGGUUUUCAUGAUCGCGGUGUCUGGAAUUUGCAUCCUGCUGAAUGUCACCGAAUUGUGUUAUUUGCUAAUUAGGUAUUGUUCUGGAAAGUCCAAAAAACCAGUUUAACGCAUUACCCAGCCAGUGGAUAAAAGAGAGGGUGAAAAGGAGGAGGCACAGACAGGUGCUUUGCUGUCAAGGCACAGUCACCAGCAUUUCCCGAGAUACAGAUUCCUAUCUUAAACGCAACCAUUUGAAACUGCUCUGGAUGUCAGUGAAACUCCAGAUGCCUCCAACAGAGCUCUCCUCUCCUAAAGCUUGAAAACAAAGGCACGAUUCUGUGCCUAUACUGAUUUUCACUAAAAUUAGUUCCAGUGAGGCCCCGGGCCGCUAGGGCUUGUGGGUGUAGGCUGUCUCCUAUUUUAAACAAAGGACAUCAGCAUUUCUUUCUCUUUCUUGGAGGAAAGGAGAGAAACGCCAGGUUCUAAAGAGGAUGCUGAGAAGGUUUGCUUGAUCUCCUUAAGGGUCUCUUUGCCGUUUUCCCUGAAUUAAAGGUGAACGUAGA